GGAUUAGAACGCAAUGCAGACGGCUACUUAGAAACGUCGGUCGCGUUUAGUACUUCGGUGCAUGUUUGAUUUAUGUCUAGGAUUACUAGAUAUGAAAAUGCUGAGGAUAAAAAUUGAAUGGAGUUUCUUCGGUGCUCUUUUAUUUUGCUUACUACCGGACUGUUCAUUAGCUGGAAUACACCUGUCUCAUUCGAAAGCGACAAUAGAACUUGGCCAUAACUUUAUGGUAACGUGUAGAGAUGAAGCCGGCCGCCCUGUGUCUUGGAGCGGACCCAAAGGAACGUUAGGCACGAAAAGUCACCCAGGAGUUGAAGUUAGCUCAUACGGCACAUCCCUCGCCUUUGUUCCGGUCACUAAGGAAGACAGUGGAACUUACAGCUGCCGCGUGGGUCACGACGUUUCCCAAUUUCAUCUUACAGUUGAAGUUCCAAUUACGUUUAUGGAUACGCCACCCGAACAAAUCGGCGAAGAGAACUUGGACGUAACGUUGCGUUGCGAGGUGAAAGGAGGAGAUAAAACGGUAUUAAUUUGGACUAGCGAAGGAAAAGAAUUGCAACCACCAAAAUACCAACAGAUGGGCGAUGGACUAUUGAUAAGGAACGUAACGAGAGCGGACAGCAAAACGUACACGUGUCGAGCGAUGCAAAGGACAACCGGAAACAUAAGGGAUCAAAAUAUUAUUCUGAAGGUUGAACAUAAACCAGUUCCUCGGUUCCCUCACUUGUGGAAACAGAUCGAGCAGGCUUGGGCGUUUAUUGGCGGCGAUGUUAAUUUGACCUGCGAGGUCGACGCGAAUCCGCCAGCGAAGUUCGAGUGGUUCCGCAAAAAUCGUCUCGUCACCGUAAGGGAUAAGGCAGCCAUCCAUGAACCUCAUAGAUCAAUCCUUCAGCUUCACGCGAAUAAUUCGAUCGUUUUCGGCGAUUAUAAAUGUAGAGCGACGAACCGAUUGGGGAAGCUCGAAAAGUUUAUCACACUCCAACAGGGAGUGCAGCCCGAUCCUCCAGACAUAGUUAGAUUGCACGAAGCAAGACGGCACACCAUCAGUUUAACUGUCGAAGGGCCUGAUAUGACGAAUAGGACGAUUGCCGCUAGCAUGCUACCUUCCGGCUAUCGCAUACAGUAUAAGGCCACUGAGGAAAAUUUGGAUUGGGAUCAUGCGAUGACAACAGUGACAUUUUAUGAUGAAUGGCACUUUGUCAUGCACGAACAAGGACUGUAA